AUGUCUUCCAAAGCUCGCGCACCUCGCGCCUCGACCGGAAGCUCCAAUGUAGAGAUGCGCGACAGCUCGCCAGCAUCCUCUUCGCGCCGUCACAAGAACAACGACCAGGAACGCCACCAGCAUAGCAAAGGACGGAACGCUGGCUCCACUCAAGCCCCUCGCAAAGCACGCGCCGCCACUGUCGAGCCCGAAGCGAGUCCACCAAUGCCAAGCAUGACCUGGACUGAUGUCACCAAUGUCAAGGGCAAUGAUCGCGAGAAGAGCAGGGGCAAGGUGAAGGUGGAAGACCUCGGCACUGUCGACAUCAACCACAAGCCAAACGUUAGCCUUCCCUCCGCCCGCGGGAACAAAGCGGCCACCCCUGCCGAGGCACCUCAGCAGACCUCGUCGGUGCGCACUCGUACGCCUUCGAUUAGAGUUGGCAAUGGUCCGUUUCUGCCACAACUUAGCGCUCUCGAUCCUACCGGCGCUUCGCUUCAAGAUGCCGUGCGCCAGAUGAUCCUCAGCUCGUACGGAACCAACGCCGCCACCGCCUUGGUAUCAGCCAGCGCUGCCAAUCACUUUGCUCCUCAGCAAGACGUCAAUUAUGGCCUCGGCUUCAGCACCUUUGAGGAGCACCAGCAGCUUCCACCUGGUGAGCAACCUGCGCGUUUGCCAUUUUGGAGGCGACCAUACUCAACGGCUGACCCGCCCCUCGCGUCCUUCGCUACAGCACUCAACAGCAUCGUUGAUGCUCGCCUAGGCCUUCAUGAUCACCAAAUGACGCUCGAUCCCACUACCAACAUCUACAUCAACGGUCUCGGCACGCAGUGAGUUGACUGCCGCGCGUCUCGUGACCAGCACGCAUACCGCUCACCGCUUCCGGAAUUGCACGCUCAGAACUACGGACGACGACCUUCUAGUCCUUGGAGCUCGCUUCGGCACUGUGCUGAGUCACAAGGCCAUGAUUCACAGCGAGAGUGGAGUUUGCAAAGGGCGAGUCGUGUACGCUCCUAGCAGUCUAUUGCCCGCAUGUUCUGACCAUCUACCUUGCACCACAGAUAUGGAUUCUUGAUGUAUGCUACGAGUGCCGAAGCACACUUCGCCAUGGCUGAGCUUACCAAAUGCGGCUACCAGACUUCUUGGGCUCGCGUGCGUAUGCCUGUCAGCUACUUCGUCGGAGGUGCCGUACCACUAACGCGGAGCUCGGUUCGAGUCGCAGGAGAGUUUCACAUCGAAGCUUCGCCGCAUGGCGGACAACAGCAGCGCCAAUGUGUACCUUAGCAAGUGAGCUGGCCGCGGAUCUCGGCUUCAAAUAUUUGGCCGCCGCUGAAGUCGGUGGAUAUGUCUACCCCUUACUCCAGUCUGCCUCGCACGAUGUCAUCCUCUGGCCUAGAGCAGCUCUUUGCACCACACGUCGUGGUCAGCCUGCGUAUCCUCACAGACAAUAAUGGAGAAUCUCGCGGUGUCGGCUUUGUACGACUGCGUACCCGCGAGAUCGCCCAGGAGUGCAUCGACCGUCUAAAUGGCAAGGUGAGCUCUUGGUAGCAGCGCCGCGCAAGUCGGUGACGCCUUAGCUAUGCUCAACGCGCCCAAUCACUGCUGCGCGCCACAGGUCCUACCGGACACGACAUCCGGGCUUCAGGUCCGUUUCGCUGACAGUGAAGCUCAGAAGCGCCUGAAGCAGUCCGCCUCGAUCGCAGAUGCUGCUGCGGCGGCCGCCGCCACGAACGCCACAUCGCCUCAUCUCUCUUCCAUCAACGGCCUUAGCCCCACUUUGCCCAUGCUCUCGAGCGGCGUCAACGGCUUCACGAAUGGUCUUGGAAGCCCUCUCAGCUUGAGCACUCCCUUUAGCCCUGCUUUGAGCACUCCUAGUCUCAGUCCAGCCUCCAAGCACUCCAGCGUGUUCAAGUAAGUGGUGCGCGGUGAACUCCACAGCCAGCGCUGGCGCCAACUCAUCCUCGUAUCCAUUCACUCUCCCAGUUCGCCAGAGAUGAGCUUCGUUCAGCCGCACAACUUUGCUUACCUCAACAUGCUCGCAGCAGCUGGUAUGCGCAUGCCAACAAUGACUUCGUCCCACAAGAGUCCCAUCUCUCCCGUCGGUCCACUGGAUCGUAGUCCCAAUCUAUGGGCCCUGAGUCCAGGCGCAUCGAAUGGCUUGCUCCCUCCUGUCAGCGCAUCUGCGCUCUGGCUUGCCCAACAACAACAACACCAGCAGCACCAGCUGCAGCAGCUGCAACAAUUGCAGCAAUUGCAAGGGAAAGGAAUCAUUGACGGACAGCACUUGCCUCAAUUGCUCGGCUCGCUCUCAAUGGAUGCUAGCACAAUUGACACACGCCACGCUCAGCAGGCUCCUCGCAAACAGCAAUCUCCAGUCUUCGAUAAAGCGGUACCUACCAAGUCGAGCUGUGCUGCUGGAGCCCUCUCCUGGAGAGCCGGAGCUGCUCCCCUUCAGCAACGCACCAAUGUUCACGGGACGUCGACGAACAAAUCGGCGAGCGCCCGAGCCAAGCGACAAAACAAGCCAUCCUCGAUCGGAAAAACUGAUCUCAAGCCCGAAGCAAAUGGCGGAAGCGCACUUGGACUUCUCCUGAACGGAGACGAAUGA